UAAUAACAUCGUCAUUACUCCUUUCUUGUCUCUCACGCAAAACGCUUCGCUUCAAAACAAAAACAGAGAUAAAGACGAAGAGACUUGCUGUUCUCGUUUCCCACGCGGAUUUAACUUGAGUUUGUUUCUCAGACAGAAAUAUUGAGAUCUGAACGUGUGCAUGCAGUGGAAUCUGCAGAGAAAAUCGUAGAGAGUGGGGUAGAUAUAUAAAUGACAAGCUCGCUGAUGGACGAUCUCUUGGGACUCCUUAGAAUACGCGUCAAACGUGGCGUCAAUCUCGCCGUCCGUGACAUCAAUAGCAGUGAUCCUUACAUCGUCGUCAAAAUGGGCAAACAGAAAGUGAAGACUCGUGUCAUUAACAAAGACGUGAAUCCAGAAUGGAAUGAAGACCUGACUCUCUCCGUCACAGACCCUAGUCUUACCGUCCUCUUGACGGUGUACGACCAUGACAUGUUUAGCAAGGACGACAAGAUGGGUGAUGCAGAGUUCGAGAUAAAGCCGUAUAUCGAGGCUUUAAGGAUGCACCUUGAUGGACUUCCUAGUGGAACCAUUGUGACCACGGUUCAGCCAUCUCGUCGCAACUGUCUAGCCGAGGAGUCUAAAGUCACUUGGAUCGACGGUAAGCUCGUCCAGGAUCUCGUUCUCAGAUUACGACACGUUGAAUGUGGAGAGGUCGAGGCUCAGCUUCAGUGGAUUGACCUCCCUGGCUCCAAGGGUCUAUGA